GGGGCAUUGCUGCAGUCACCUAUCUAAAGCUCAUACAAGUGAUUCAAACGCCGUCGUUAGCUAUAGAAGUUAUAUUAUUAUUUCUUUUUUUACCAGAACUAUCCGAAAACCAACAAUUAAUCAUGGUAAAAUAUCUUUUAGAACCAAUACGAUUAAAUUGAUUUAUUUGAUAAACACAAAUAUAUAUUAAUAAUUUUAAAUUAUGUGUGUUUUGUUGUGCCAAAUAGUCGUGGAUGGACCCACCUCCUCAAACCCUCGACUUGUCGGAAGGCAUAACGCUGAGUAAAGAUCAACUGAAAGGUAAAUUAUAUCCUACCUACCCAUAACGAAAAUAUUAUUUUUAUUUCAACAUUGCUUAUAUCUAUACUUUUAUUGCGAUUUAAAGUUUUGAGGAAAGCUUUCGACACGUUCGAUACCGAAAAAAAAGGCAAGAUCACGUGCGACAACAUAAACGUCAUCCUGGACAUGUUGGGUCACGCUACCGACGCCGGAACCGUCAGAAAUAUCGUGGCCGAAAUCGACCACCAAGGUAUCGUUUUGUCGCAAUAAAUCGCAACAAAUUAAUUAACUCUUUUUUUUUUUCUCGUCAAUGUAAUUAUUUGUAUUGUGUAAAACCGGGCCGUGCCGAUCUAUUCAAUUAGAUCGGUUACAUAAUUUAUUAAAAAUCUGAUAAUGCAACUCGCAGACCUUCGGGUCGUCGUGUAUAAUAACACGGAUAAUAACAUUAUAAUCUCCGCAAUAACAGGCGCACGCGCAAAGGGCCUCCCAGCGAAAAUUUUAAAACUACUAUAAUCGUACCAUUAUAAUAAUCAUAAUAAUUUAUAAUGUUAUUUGGUUUUCACUUUUAAAAUAUUAAAGUUAUAGCCCACGCCCGCUAAUUACAUUUCUAUUGAAUAUUUUCAAAUGCGUUCGAAUCGUUUAUCAAUAUAUAAAGGCUCUUUUGAAAUUAAAUAACGGUGUGUUAGACGAUUUAUACCAUAUUAUAUUUAUUAUUAAUAAUAAACGCGUAAGUAAAGUAAUAAUAUUAUAAAGUACCUUUAUAAUAUUAUUAUUGAAAUUUCCUAGGUUUACAGAAUUGUGAGCACUACAAUUUAUCCAGUUUUGAUGUCAAAAUCGUUAUAAACGCUUUUUAAACGAAAAUCACAACCGAAACACGUAGUAUUUGUGUAUUGCAUUUUAUUCCGAUGAUAUUAUGAAAUAAAUUAUUUUGAUUAACUAACCGAUGGCGCAGCCCACUCGUCUGUUUUGUUUUAACCAUAUUCCUACCUGUCUAUAAAUAAUAAUAAUCCAAUAAACAAAUAACAAUAUUUUGAUACGAUCCUGAAACCUUCAAUAUCCUAUAUAUAUUAUUGUAAAAUAAUGUUGUAAACAAGCAAACUGCAGUUGUUUAUCGAUUUGAAAGUUACAAUUUUUAAUAUAUUUUUCUUCAAUAGUACAUAUACAUAAAUAGAUACAUUUAUAUUAUGAGUAUCCAUAAUACAAAACUAGGUAGCUAUUUAUUAUUAUUAUUUUUUAAAUUCGAAACCAAUCAAAGAUUGUCAACAUUUUAAAUUAUGAGAGAAUAAAACUAUAAAUUUAUUUGAUAGAAAUCAUAACUUUUAUAUGUUUUCAAAUAGUUAGGCUGUGAAACACAUUUCGAUGUAAACGAGUUAUUUUUGACCAAAUAAUAAAAAAAUGAUACAAAGCGUAUACAUUUCUAUCACAAAUGUUACUUAUUUUUAAUUUUUUUUUUUACAUUUACAAUGAAUACUGCGGGCUCUUUAUAAAACAUAUAAGUCAGUCAUCUAAUUUUGAAACUCAAGUGUUUUUAAAUAUCCGCGAGAGUAUUAAGAACCAUAAUAAUAAUAAUGCAGCAAGAAUAAUAAUUGAACCAUAUUUUAUCGUUAGGUAUCUGGUAUUAUAGGUCAUGUACAUUUUAUAUUAUAGUUCCCAUCUACUGCAAUGUUAUAGAAAGCAUAGAUUUUUUUUCACGUACAUUAUUUAGUAACUGUAGCUCUUAGAAUUAUGUUAUUUUAAUUAGUUUGAUACAACUAAUGCACAGUAAUCUGUAUAUUAAUUUUUUUUUUUUAGAUCAUAUUAUUUUGACUUUAUUUCCAAUCCAAUCGUUAAUUUUAACGUUCAAAAUAUUCGCUUUGGUACAUGUUAUAGUUUUUUUUUUUUUUUUAAUUAAUAUCGUAUUAUGUAUAGGUACUACUUUACUUUUUCAUUCUUUGGGGCGUAAAACAAACAGACCUAUAAAAUUAAUACGGUUCUAUAAAUUUGUCUUGAGUAUACACUGUUCAAAUGUAGGUAAGUAGUAGGAUAUUUACUGUAUAUCUCAUAAUUAGUGUAAUCUAUAACAAUAAUCAUAUACACUUAUUCUCUGUUCACUUGAUUGUAUCUACAUUGUACAAUAGUACUUUUAGUAUUAUUGACUAUAUGUAUAUGCAGUGUGUUCUUAAGCAUACCAGUUACACAAGAUUACGUGUAAAAAGUUGUAUGAAUUAAUUAAUUAAUAUAAUAUUAUGGCUAUUGUUACGAAAGUUAUCGUGAAUAAUAGUGGUGCAUUGUCAAUAGAAAGUAUUUGUAGUGAAUUCUAAACAAUGUAUUAAAAAAUACGUAAGCAAUGCCUAUUUUUCUUAUUUUAUUUUAUUUUUUACUAAACGAACCUGUAGAUCUGUUGGUAUCAUGUACCAAGUACCUACUCUAUAUUAUUAUUUUCUUUAUUCUAUAAGCAAUCCAAGCUGAGUAGGAUGAACAGUUCGAAUACAAUACUCAUAUAAUAUACGCGGAAUAAAAAAUAUCAAAUAAAAUUGUAUUAAUGUUAAAAUAUAUAAUAUUGUUGGCUUAUAUUUAUUUUCUUAAUAUUAUUUUUAAUUGCAAUAAAAAAAUACAGCUUAAUGUUUAUGCUAUUUUCGUAUAAAUACUUAGUGACUUUGAAGUUUGACUUGUGUGAGCUCAGCCGCAAUACUUGUAUAGCUUAUUUUUAUUUUUGUGUUGACAUAAAUUUAACUUAUUAUAGGCAAUAUUUUUUUGCUAUCUUCUUAUAUUGAUCAAUCUAUUUACAAACAAGGUGUUUCAUAUUUGAUUACAACGAAACGGUUUAUAUACCGUGAUUACAAGAUUGUUUAUCUUGGAACAAAAUGAAUUGAUAUUACCCAUAACUGGUGACAAAUUAAGCAAAACUAAUUCACAUAAAAAUCGAAUAGAAAUUAAAUGAACUUACUGUAUUGUGUACAUAAAAGCUUUAACAGUGAAACGUUGUAUACAAAUUAAGUUAAUAAAUUAUCAAAUUUUUAAUAGGUAUAUAUUUUUUAAAUUAUAAGUACCUAUAAAACUAUUAAAUAUUAUAUUUGAUAAUCCCAGUAUCUCACCAAAAAAUAAACCCUUUACAAUAUUUAACUUUAACUCAGAAUCAUGAUAGUUAUUAUUUGAAAAAACAAAUCAUUGAAUAGAAUCAAACUUAUUGCAAAUAAUGUUAAAUUAUACUGAAUUUUUCGUAUAUCGAUAACCAACACGAAUACAUUUCAAUAAUUUCUGUCAAUUUCAUUAUAUUGUUGUAGAGUAUUAUAUCUUAAACGUUUAUUGACUUUUUAAAUUUAUUUGAGUACAUUUUUUGUUCAAUUAAGUUAACAGCUACAGACUCUUCGAGAUAAAACGUAACAGUUGUGUCAUAUCGUGUUACACUUACGUUGACAAAAAUCUAUGGAAAAAUAAUUUUAUAAUAAAUUACUAUAAUAUGCUACACGGCGUCAUGAUGAAAUCGUAAUAUUAUUUGAAAGGAAGGUCAAUCGGACAAUAGGCGAAGGUUCAAGCUUCUGUGUACGCAUAGUCUAAGUUAAGCAAGCAAUACCUAGGAUCAUUAUUUAGACGUUAAGUACAGGGAGUUCAAACAUUAUUUAGUGAUGGAUCGCCAAAUAUAAAGUGUAGAGGUACCGUAAACCUUAAUUGAAACAUAAACAGCGCACAAUGCUGCAUUUAAUCGAUCGUACACUGAAAUCAUAAUUCAUUGUGUUUUUACAAUUGAUUUAAAAUUAAUAAUUCAUUCGCCAAUAUUUAGUUUACAAAACAUACUAAACACUUGUAUUGUGCGUUCUGUUUACUAAUAAUCUACUGAACCGAUGGCGUUGUUUUAUGGGACAGAUUGCGGUAUUCGUGCCAUAGUAUACAAUUAUUUAUACUCACAGAUAAGAUUUUAUUAUAGAUGCAAACAGCCCAAAUAUUUUUAGAAAGACUGAAGCCCCCGUAAAAUUGAUUUUAUGUAUACUUAGUAUUUAGGUACUUGAUAAGAACUUGAUUUGGAGGCUUGGCUGAGUUUUGGGGGAAGGCUGAAUCCCCCACCAUUAUCUUUUAGUUAAUUUAAUACCAAUUGGUCUUAAAAAAAAUUUUAUCGUAAUAACAAAAUAUUUUUUUUAAAAUUUGUUUGGUAGAAAUAACGUAUGAAUUCAAUUUUCUGAAAAAGCUAUCGUGUGUCAAAUUAUACAAUAGUGUAAUGUAUACAGUUUAUUCUACAUAGUAUACAAUAAUACUAUUUUACCAAUAGAAUAAUAUUUAAAGACGAAAAACAUGUGAUGCAUUGCCCCAAAUUGAAAAUUAUUAAAUCAUUAGGUAAAUUUGUUUUCCCCGGUUAAUCUUUUCUCAGUGCAUAAUAAUUUACGACUGUUGUACUUGAAUAACAAUAUGUGUUACAUACAUUGUUAAUGAGUAUAAUAUACUCAUAAUAUAAUAACUGUAUUACAUUCUAUAGUAUAAAUAAUGAGAAUAUUAAAUGAAAUCAACUAAUUAAAAAAAAAAAAAAUCCACAUUAUGUAACUUAUUAAAUAAUUGUUGUUCAUUCAAUUUUUAUCCACGAGUAAUAUUACUCGUGGAUAUUACUUAUAGUUUUUUUUUAAAUAUUAUAUAUGUAUUUUAAUUAAAAAAAAUAACUGCAAAAGGUUUCAGAGAGAUUCAAACUUCCGAUCUCCUGUUUAUUAGAGUAGUGCUUUAACCAUACUAAGCCACUGUGCGGUCGAACGAACGUCCUGAUGUUUUAAUAUUUAAUAAAUAAUAUAUAAGGAAUUAGUUACAAUAAUUUUAUAUUCAAUUUUGUAUAGAUGGCUUAGCGAAUCAAGCCAUUCAUUUGCUUAUAAUAGGAUCGCAGUAUGUAUCGUUUAUUGUAACGGAUUUUAUCGGUAAUAUACAAGUAGGGAGUUUACAUUAGAAUGUCUGACUUUUAAUUUAUUUAUUUUUUUUAAAUUUUGAUCUUUAAACAAUUUUAAUUAAAAUAUUUCAGUGUAAAAAGUCGACUAGUUUUACAGAUAUUGCUGUACAAUAUGUGGUUAAUGUUGGUACUGGAAAUAAAUAGGUAUUUUAUUUGAAAUGUUUUUUGAUGCGGUAAAAUAUAAUAUAUAUCCAUUAAAAUAUUCAAUAGGACAAACUUUGAUAAGAUACUCAGAAAUGUAUUAGAUUCAAUGUGAAACGAGGAAGUUUUACUACGGGAUGUGUUUUUUUCGGUUAAUAAAAAUACUAUAAAAGUUUUACACUAUGUAGAUUUUUUGCCCGGCGGUAUUCAAUUUGAAACAUUUUUCGAUAUACUCGUAUAUAACAUUUCACCACCGUUAAUAUUCUUGAAUUUUGGACUUUGAAUAGAAAUAUUUUAAAAGUCUUCCUUAGAAAAAGAAAAUAAAUUAACGGUUGUAGCGGGCCAGUUAUAUUUUAAAAAUCAUAUUCCGAUGAAAAAUAAUAAUAAAAAAACUAGUUUCACUAUAAUUUAAAAAAAAAUAUAGUAGCAAUAAGUCGAUGAUAAUUCCCAUCGGUGACGAAGUUUUUGAUUGGAGGAAGUUUUCUGGUCAAAAUAGCGUAAACGAAGAGAAAAAAAUUAAAUUAAAAAACAAAAAAACACACCAUUAUAGGAAAUCAAUAUGAUCUCAAAAUAUAUUGGCAUUAAAUAUCAUCUUUUAUUAUCUUUUUAUUAUUUUUUUUUUGAAAAAUUUAUUGUUAUAUACAAAUAUUACGUUUAUCUAUAUAAUUUACUAUCGAUAUUGAAAGAUCUUAAUUUUUAAAUAAUAUGAAUAAAAUAUCAAUCAGUAUAGUUAUCGUUUAAAUGAUAAAAGUACAAUUAUGACUUAUUUAAAACAAAUUGUUUUUUUCAUAUGAAUUAUAUCUAGAUUUCACAUUAAACAUUACACCAGCUGAAUUAUAACGUUAUAAAAUAAAUUUCGAAAAAUGCUGAGAUGCAAAUAAUAAAAGCUUUACUAAAACGAAAUGAAUUUGGUAUUAAGUUAUAUUAUGUAUAUAGAAAAUGUGUUAUAGUACCUAUAUUAUAUUAUAUUUUUUACCUAGAAACUUCUGAAAAUAAUGUUAAAAAAACUUUUAGUUAUUUAUAUAUCUAUCUACUUAAACUCAGGGUGAGAUGGAUAUCCGUGUGUCAUAAUAAAUAAAGAAAAAAAAAAACGAAUGCAGAACCCAAAAAGCAUUUCAUAUUUUCUCCGAUGUCUGGAAAAGAAGUUUUCUGUAUUAUGUGCAUAAUAUAUAUAAUAUAUUAUAUAGAGAUUUAUAAGAUUCAAUAUAAAUGUGAAUUGUGUAUUCAAUUUGAUCCUCAAAAACUAUAUUAUUAAAAAGUGUUGCGAUAUGUAUUGGUAAUUUUGAAUCGUUGUAAUAUAAUUAUUAUGUAUUAGGCCUCUUAGGGAAAUAGGGCUUAAGUUAAUUUUUGUAAUUUUUUAUUAUCAUUCUAUUUUGCGUAAUGUAAUUUUUAUCUCUUUAUUAAAAUAUAUAGUCAACAUUUUUUCAAAAUGAGUGUAUGCUAAAUGCAUACACUGUAAUAGUGUAUGUAAUAAACAAUUUAAUUUGCUUGUUUUGAAAAUUAUACAAAAUCAACUUAGGCCUUCUUCUUUGGGACCAUUAAGCGUUUUUCGCUGAAGUUAUAUUCUUUCAAAUUGUUUUUUAUUAUUUUGCUUGUUGUAUAAUAAUAUAUUGUUAUUGGCACUCUUUUAGUAAAACAUACUUUAUAAUAUGUUUAAAAGGCAAACCACCUUGACACGAAGAAAAUACAAUAUUGAUUAUAGUUUUUAGGAAUCAUCCUAUGCCCCCCAGUAUUUUGAUUUGUUUAUAACGAUAACCGUUAAAGUAUUGUUAGUUGCAGUAUGGUGUAUAGGUAAAUAAUGCUCAUUGAUCUAAUAAUGCUCGCCACUCUAAAUAUAAUUUACACGUAUUUUUCAGCACCCAUUGUCGGCCAAAUUCGGGACAAUGGGUGGCCUUGUACGGUAAAAAGUAUUAUAUCUUUGUGCCGAAAUUGGUGAAAAUCGCCGAUUGUUAUUUUAAUUUCAAAUAAAUAAACUUUACAUAUUAUUACAAAUUUUAUAAUGUACUAUUAAUUUUUUCGUGUUUAUUUUACUUAUAGGAACUGGUACAUUGUCGUUCGAUGAUUUUUGUACACUGGCGGCGAAAUUCAUGACUGAAGAAGAAGAGGAUUCGGAAGCGAUUAAAACGGAAUUAAGAGAAGCUUUUAGGCUGUACGACAAAGAAGGUAUACACGAAAAAGUCUAAAGUGAUAAUAUAUUUCACUUUUAGUUGAACUAAAAAUGUACAUUUCGUUAAUAUUAAUAUUCUUUAGGAAACGGAUAUAUAACAACUGAAGUUUUAAGAGAAAUAUUGUCGGAACUUGAUAAUAAAAUGUCUGACGAAGAAUUGGAUCAGAUGAUCGACGAAAUCGACGCAGACGGGUCCGGUACAGUCGAUUUUGAUGGUAAGUUUUAUUCUUAAUAGUAUUCUAAUAACGGAUUUUUUUUCAACCUUCUUGUGGAAUAUUAAUUUUGAAACUUUUCCAUGUAAAAAUAAAUACUUGAUUUAAAAAUUCUAAUAGUAUACACAUUAUAAUAAUGGGUUCGUAAUCUAGUACCUACUUACCGUUACGUUUUUGUUUAAAACUGGUUUUACACUUUGAGAAUAUUAUAGACGUUGGAUAUCAAAUUUAACAGCUAUUAAACCUAUUGUAAUAUAAUAGUAUUUCAUUUACGGGUACGGAAGGAAGUGUCUGCUUAAUAAUAAUAAUAACGAUUAACGGGAGUAUACAAAUAUUCACACUCGUGCGGAUUACUGAGUUUUUAAGCCUGUUCUUAUAUACUGUAAAAAUAAGCGUACGGUAAUGCGAUGGAAUCCGCUUCGGUGAUGAAGUGACGGAAUUGAAUGGAAAUUAAACUGUCAAUAAUAAUAUUCGGUAGGCAGGUGGCUUACAAUUUUAUUUAAAAUUUGUCUAGAAAAUCCGAGGCUAUAAUUUUAUUGUCACUUUAGCUACUGUACGCAUCAAGGGAGUACCUGGAAAAGGCAUUUGUCCGUUCCGAUACUUUUUUUGUAUACUGAAUAGUAAUUUGUACCAUUAAAUAUUAUAUUGAAUUUCUAUAUGAAUUUUUUCGGUGCAGCACGUUUGGGCACUUUUACCUGUUCCGAAUUCCAAAUCCACACAACGUUUGAAGGCAAAGUUCGGACACUCAAUAUUCCUAAAAACCUAGCACAUUUGGGCGUUAAAAUGAAUAAAUUAUACACCUUUAUUAAAAAAAAAAAGUUAUAAAAUAUAUACGAGUACAUGCAUAUAUUAUACAAAUAUAAACCUGUGAAUAAAAUAACUCGUAUCAAAUCAAAUUCGUAUAACAAUCCAAAAAAAUAUAUCUAUACUAUAUAGUUACAUAAAAUACGUGAGUACCUUUACACUUGUAUUAAAUCAAAUAACUAGUAUACACAAUAAAUAUAAUUACAACAAUUAUAUUGUAUUUCCUUGAUUUCGAAUUCCCAUAAUUUUAGAUUUUGAGUGGAGCGAGGAAAUUUAUGGUUUUACAAAAAUAUUUCUUUUUUUCUGUUUUUUUUCGACUUUGGAGUUCCUACUAAGGUAUAUAAUACGUAAAUGAGGAAUAUAUUACCUACCUAUUCAUACCAAUCUAAUACCUAAAACCCUGUUCUGUCUUUAUCAUCAUUCAUCACCGUCAUAUACACCGCACACCUCAAGAGACCAAAGAGGUUGUUUAAAAUACGAUAGUAAUGUUAUGUCCCCCGUCGUCGUCGCUAUUAUUGACAGUGUACCUACGUAUAUUAAAAUAAUUUACAAUUAGAUAUUAUUAUGUAUUUACGGACUUAAAGCCGCGGAUGACUAUUUACGGGCAACCGCAUGUCGGCGGUGAUAUAGUUCGUUGUGUAUACCCACCUAGUAUACUAGAUCGAAAAAUGAAAGAAAGAAAAUCACGUAAGUACGGGACGUCCCGUGGCUUUCGAAACGACGGCGAUAGCUGAUAAUCAUUGCUGCGCGGUAAUUAUUAUCGCGAUCAAUCAUGAUCGUCGCUUCGAUCAUAACACGGCGGCCGACAAUAAUAUACCUAGGUGUAUACUCGGUUUGUCGCACGGUGGUCCGACCACUUUGUAACCGCGGUCCGUCACGAUAAAUUAUUGUUGUUUUUUUUCUUGCCUCUCUGUUUUUCUUAUUUUUAUCGUAACGGAUGACAACGGCGGCCGCGUACGCGAUCGACUACUGAUUAAUGGUAAUGACAAUAACAAUAAUAAUCGUAGUACGGUGUAAUUAUUGGUAGUUAACGGACCGAUGGGCAGUCCGAUGGAGGCAGAGGCGACCGUACGGCUGCAGCCGCAACUGCCGUAUUAACGCGUGUACCACCUAUGGAUUAUAGGUAUAGGUUGUGUGCGUAAUGUAAUAAUGUUAUAGAGAAGUGAUCGCGAACGCUCGGUGUGACGGGAAAAAAAGCAUGAUAAUUAUUAUUAUAUUAUUAUUAUCGAUUGGCCCGGAGGAUGAUAUAAUCGUAAUCGUACGAAAUUGUAGGUUUUCAACUGUACGUAUAAUAUCGCUGUGUCCGUCUCGUUAUUAUAUUAAUCGCCCCGGAACAUUAUAAUAAUUUUAUAAAUUAUAAUCGCAAAACGUGUUAAUAUUGUCCGGUUAUAUAAUAUUUUAAGUGCAGCACUUAUUCGCCGUCUUGCAGGCUAUUUCCUAAAUGCCUAAAACUCGGACGGUUAACUAAAUUUUAAUAUUAAAUAUAUAGUAUUAUAGUUUAUAGGCGAGUAGAAAUCAUCUGACGGUUCUGAAGCACAUUUUUUAGAUUCCGGAAUUAUAUUAUUGGUUUUAUAAAUUUGCUACUUUUAUGUCUGUGACUGCUAUUUUUCCCACCACUGUAGAGUGGUGGGAAAAAUCCGGAUUUGCCGAAGUUCGAUAGUGUAUUUAUAAUCGGGAUUUUGUAUUCUGAAACUUUGAUUUGGAUUCAUUUAGCUAUCGUGUUGUACUACCCAUAAUAUGCAAGUGCAAUAGUUGUAUAUUCUAAAAAAAAACUAAUUAAUUUUAGAUUUUGAGUGGAACGAGGAAUGUAUUGUUUAUUACAAUGAUGGUUUUUUUUUUAAAUUUUUUUUAUGUGAACACUUUCUACCAGAAAGCAAACUACGAUUAUGAAGUAUAGCAUCUUUUCUGAAAGGAAAUGUUCUCUGGGUGGUGCUUUGAAGAGUUUAUUUUUUCAAAUUCUCAUUAAUAUUCGAGAUAACGAGGAAAGCUUUGGUCUUUAGGUUAAAAAAGAUUGAAAGAUUAAAAAUAAGGUUGUCAUUGGCAACCGUUUUUAUUUAUUUUUUGUUAUUAUUAAGUUUUUUUUAUUAUUUUAAUCUUUUUUAAACAAUCAUUGUUGUCAUGGAAACACACAAUCAUUUUACCAUAAUAUGGUAUAUACCAUAUAUUGAAUUAUUGACAAAGCAACACUAUCUACUGAACUCCGCUCAGAAUUGUUUUUUCGUUAUCGAUGAUAUACAUUAAAUUCCCGUCUAUAUCCUACCUUCCCAACUUUUCACCUAUAAUAGUGGCUGCACUCACGUGCGAAGUAUGUCCGUCCUUUUUUUAAAUUAAUUAUUUUUAUUAACUUUUAAUUUUUAGUUGAAGGCUUUUUAUUUUGUAUUCUUAACGUAACAAUUAUUAUUUUCGUUAAUUUUCUUAUUAUUUUUUUGGGGGUUUUUUUCUCCGAAUUAUAACCCAAAAUCUUGCUAGAUUUCUAUAAUAUAAUAUUGUUCAUAAAUGAUUAUAUAGUUAUUCCGUUCGUAGGUACAUCAGAUUUUGCAAUCCAGUGAUGUAUAAUAAUAUAAUAUAACUAGUUACUUAUACUGUAUUACUGUGUCUUUACAUGUAUUUGGAUACAUUUUCCGUAAAAUGCGUAUCGUUUGAUAUAUUACGUAGGUCGUAGGUACACGCAAUUAUUACCUUUACCAAAGUAAACAUUGUAAUGGUAAUAGCUAUUCACAUAAUACCAAUUAAAAUAUGGAGAGGAAUUAGUCGAAAAUGUUUCACAAACAUUGAAUUAUUGUAUUUUAUAGCGUCCCUAUUAAAUGCAGUAAUUAUUAUAUCGUUCAAUGUGAUGUGCUUAUUAGUGAAUUGUUAUUAGGUAUUGUCAUCUAGUUUACUAUAGUGUUUAUUUCGUUAAGUUACCUAUUUAUAAUAUAUUUGUACGGUUUAUUGUUACUAUUUUUUUUUUUUUUUUUCUAUAAAUACUUAAACUUUAUUUUUUUAAUUUUUAAAUGAAAUACAAUUUAAAUGAUAAAUGAUAAUUAAUAAUGAUUUAAUUUAAAAUUAUAAUUUUUUUGACCAAUUCAGUCACGAAAACAGAAAAAUUGGAUUAAAUCGUUUAUAGACAAAAAAAAAAAAAAAAAAAAAAAAAUAAAUUAAACCCCUGGUCGAGUACAACAGCUAGGAAAGUACCAAAAAUAUGUGUGCUAUUGUUGUAGAUGGGAAGUAGAGUAGGUAGGAUAGGUACAUAAAGUUAUUUAAUUUAUAUCUAUUCGCAACGAUUAAUGUUGACGAUAUACGAUUUUGAGCGAAGUUCUGUUAAGCAUAUUUACGAUUUUCGUUGGAAUUUUAACUUAAAAUGCUUUAAAAAAAAAAAUUGUCUACAAUAAUCUGCCCUUUUUUUUUUGGCCACUGAGAACAAUGUUAAAUGAGCCUCGUAUUAAAUUUUUAAGCGUUUUUGUUAGGAUAUACAGUUUUAUUCACAUAAAACCAAAUAAAAAAUCAUAAAAUCAAAAAUAAAACAAAAUUCGAAAAUUCAAACGCCUAAAAAUAGUGCUAAAAGAUAUCUAGAAUACUUUUAAAAUAUUAUCAUCCCUAAAAAAAAUUAUAUAAUUGUUCUGUACAAAUUUCGGGUUUCUACGAUUAUUUUUAAUCUAAUAAUAUUGAACAAAAAAAAAAAAAAAAAAUCGAAUAUAAUGAAACUGUUAAUGUCGUAAAAUGUCUCGGUCUUCUUCAAUUAUUAAGAAAACUAUAUGAAAAUGUAAAAAAAAAGUUCGUUAUGAAGUUAAGAAAAUAAUUACACGUCAUAGUAAAAUCAAUACAUUCUUCGCUGAGUUCAAAAUCUAAAACGUUACGAUUUUUUUUUUAAAGUUGUGAAUAAUUAAAGGCCACUUUUUAAUAUUUUAAAUAUCUCUAUGUACUGUUUUAAUUACAUAAAUUGAAAAUCAAUACGUCAAACCCUAUUAGAGUACCUAAAUGAAAGAGUAAAACUCUAAAAUCACUUUGAAGUUGGAAUGGUAUAAGUACUUUUUUUUCUGUUUUACGUGAAAUGUUUUUAAACGAAUUCCACGAUAUUAUAUGAUAAAAAAUCGUGAUUAUUUUAAAUUGAGAUUGAAUAUUUUCAAGUCUAUUGAUUUUCAUUCUAUAAUUUUGUUAAAAUGUUUCCUAUACGUGACUCCUUUAAAUAUUGGAGGUGUGAUAUCUUUUAUUCAAUUUUACUAAAAAUGUACUUAUCAUAUAAUUUAAAAAACAGCUUAUAGUUACCUAUACUGUUGAUGGGUGUGGUUAUACCACUGUUGUAGCUUUGCAGAUGGGAAGUUAGGAAUGUAGGAUAUAUAGAGUAAUUUAAUGUAUAUGGUAUAUCUGUACGAAAAGUGAUUCUGAACAAAGUUCCGUUAAACAUAUUUUAAUUAAACAUGAUUUUCAUCAAAUUGUUGUCGUUUGUAGGUUUUUUGAAAGCGGUAGAAGCUACAUAAUAUUAUGUAUAAUAAAACUAAUGCAUUUCUCUCUGCGUUCAUAAUUUAAAACAUAUACCUGUACUAAAUUAAGAUUUUCGAUAGUAGUCGUUGUGUACAGAGCUAUAUUAUUUCAAUAUUAUUAUUAUUAUUGCUCUAAUAUCCAAUCGCGUAUUUUAAUCGUUAAUCCGAUAAACUAAUUUUGCACGUGAAAUUUCCAUACUUAAAAGUGCGGAGAGUCGGCCACGCGUGAAAACUGGUUCCUAAAGAUACCUAUAGUAUACCUCUAUACUAUAUUACUGUUAUAUUAUCAUGUAGACGUACCGAAUUAAAAAUGCACGUACGGUCGCCAUUGUAUAUCUCGGGUUCGAAAAUAAUUCUGGAUUUUGAUUUUUUUUUUUUUAUCUCAAUAAUUCGUUUAAAUAAUUAUUAUGCUAUACAAUUAUAAUAUAGUUUCAAUUUUUUUUUUUUUUUCAGAAUUCAUGGAAGUGAUGACUGGUUAAUAAGUAGCGACACGAACAAAAGUAUUAUAUAAAUAUGUAUAAAUUAUACAUAGUUUACAAUAAAUAAUAAAUGCCAUGUUUAUUUUUAAACAAAAGUAACGUCUACAAAAAUAUUAUUAUAUAUAUUUCUGUAAUCAAUUUGUAUGAACAUUAUAUUUUAUCGACUGUUUAGGUGCAAUUUUGGCGUACUGCGGUUUAAUGCGCAUUAGAUUUAUGAUAAUAAUAAUAAUAAUAAUAAUAAUAAUAAUCUAUACAUCCAUUACUAUUAAAUAUUUAUUUUAUUAUAUUGUAUAAUUAAAACGAAUGAUUAUAUUUGUGUUCCCAUAAAUUAGGUAUUUUUUCUUGUUUGUUUUUUAAAUUUUUUUUUUGCAGAUU